AUGUAUGGAGAAAUCAGAGGCAACCAGACUGUUUUCAGUGUGGCGAGGGCAAGCAUAUCCGAACAGUUGCCGUCAAGAUUUGGGAUCUUGUAUGCAGAGGAUAUCCUUGUAACAGAUGGACCUGAUCCUGAAUCCAAAAAAUUGGGCAGAAGCCAAGGAACUAUUGCAACUCAGGACUUGAAGGAGAUCAGAACCUUAGGUGUGAUGAUCAAUGUAGUUUUUACGAACGGCGAGUACAAAGGGAGCACGCUCAGCUGUAUGGGAAGGAUUCUAUUUAUAAACCAAGUAAGAGAGGUCCCAAUCAUUGGAGGCUCGGGAGCCUUCAGGAGGGCGUGGGGCUAUGCACUUCUUACGACUUAUUCUGUCGACGUGUAUGGGAAUAGUUAUGUUGUCGAAUACGAUGCAGUUGUGUAUAAUGAGACAUACACAUAG